GUCUUCUUGGGAUCGCUUUUAGUGACGCGCGGAACUCGCGUGUGAGCGUAACAGUUUGUGUGUAGUGCUGCAAUUCCCCAAAGGGGAAUAUGGUCGAUAUGACCGACCAUGGACUUGGGUUCGUGGUGAUAUUAUUAGGAGUAUGGACCCUAACAAGCGGGCAAUUCGUUAGUAACCAUCGUGCAGUGAAUAGGACUGGAGUAUAUAGAAGACUAGACGACUAUCGGUACCCCCCAAGUUCGUACUACAGAAGUAACGAAAAUCCGGACAGACAGGAUGCCUACCGAACACAGUCCCGGGAAUACUACGACACCAGAGCUGGUGGUGCGCGUAACGACUAUGACUCUAGGUUCCAGGAAAGAUACGGCGGUGGCGGUGACGGACAUGUCGUUGAAACGUCGGCCAGUGUAAGCGGAGGAGCCAGCGUCACUACAUCCCCAGACGAAUACGGAAACGAAGACAGGUACUCCGCCAGCGGUAGUUACUCAGCUGGCAGCAGUGUCUCAUUAAACGGUGGUCCAAGCGAUGGUUCGUCUUCCGGCGGCAGAAGUUACUCGUCGAGUUAUUCGAGCGGCGGUCAGGCCGGCGGCAGCAGUAGCGGCGGACAUUAUAGCAGCAGUAGCGGCCAAUAUGGAGGCGGCGGAAGCUAUGGAAGCAGCGGACAAUACGGAAGCAGCAGACAGUACGGAAGCAGCGAACAAUAUGGAAGUAGUGGUGGCAGUAGUGGACAAGCAAGCGGAAGCAGCAGUCAUUAUUCAAGCAGUUCUUCCUCUGGUGGUGCCAGUAGAGGCGGUUACUCCCAAUCUGGAUACGGUGCAUCUGGCGGAUCAUAUGGAGGAUAUGGAACUACUCAAAUCAAAAAUUACCACAGAUACCCCAGCUACGACAUAUUUGACGCCCCCGGCAGCGCCUUAGGUCCCAGAAAUGGCAGUGAAAGGUGCAUCCCUAAAUGUUUCGCAGAAAAGGGAGAUAGAGGUUUCCCCGGCUUGCCAGGCUUGCCCGGAGAAAAAGGUCAAAGAGGUUAUCCCGGAGAGGAAGGUCUUCAGGGAUCCAAAGGUGAAAAAGGUGAAACCGGUUUUCCAGGACCUCGUGGACCCAAAGGAGAUAGAGGCAAAUCAGGAAUUCCCGGUUUUCCUGGAAUUCACGGAGUUCCCGGUAUCCAAGGACCACCGGGACCUCCAGGUAUUCCUGGUGUUGACGGAUGUAAUGGAACUGAUGGUUUGCCCGGAGCCGAAGGUAGACAAGGUGAAUCUGGACCUCGAGGUUUCCCAGGUGCUCCAGGUCCAAAAGGUGUUAAAGGAGAAGCGGCUCAUUGCGAGAUAACAUUGAAAGGUCAAAAGGGAGAACCUGGAAGAGAUGGUGUUAGAGGCCCAGCCGGUAAUCCCGGUCCAAUCGGUCCCCAAGGUAUACCCGGAGAUAUGGGUUUACCUGGAGAUAGAGGUCUUAGAGGUCCACCAGGUCCUAAAGGUUCAAAAGGUACCCCUGGUGUUGGUUUCUAUGGUGAGAAAGGAGACAAGGGUGAUUUAGGACCACCUGGACCACCUGGAGAAUUCAUUGGUUUGUUAAUAAACAAUACUGUUAUAACUGGUCCAAGAGGUGAUCGAGGUGAACCAGGAGAGAAGGGCAAUCCGGGUGAAAUAGGUCCAAAGGGAGAACCAGGUUUAGAUGGAGACGUUGGUUUACCAGGAGCGAUUGGUAUGAAAGGAGAAAAAGGUUUACCUGGAGUCGCUGGACCAAGAGGUCGCGAUGGUUAUUCUGGACCACCAGGUCCUCCAGGUCAAAAGGGAGACAGAGGAAUGGAAGGAUUGCCAGGCUUAUCUGGACGUCCAGGACAAAAAGGUGAACCGGGUAGAGAUGGACCACCAGGUUUUGUAGGUUUGACCGGUCCACCCGGUCAACCAGGUGGUGGAAAAGGAUUCCCUGGCCCUCCAGGACCUCCAGGGCCCAGAGGUCAUCCAGGUCUCAGAGGACCUAAAGGUAUGGACGGUUUUCCCGGAGAACCAGGACCUGUUGGACCCGUUGGUCCACCAGGAGGGCCUGGAUUGCCAGGAAUAAAUGGACCAGAAGGUUUGCCCGGUGAAAAGGGACAGAAAGGAGAGAGUGGAGCUAUUGGUUUUCCUGGACAAGAAGGUCCUCGUGGGUAUCCAGGUCCAAUAGGACCACAGGGACCUAGAGGCUUCCCUGGCGACAAAGGAUUUUCUAUUCAGGGACCAAAAGGUGAUGACGGUGAACCAGGUAGAGAUGGUGCCAAAGGAGAUAAAGGACAAAAAGGUUUCGCUGGUGCUAGAGGUGCUCCCGGUGAUACAAUUGGUGGAAUUCCCGGUUCACCAGGAAGUCGAGGAUCGCCAGGUGAAAAAGGUAACGCAGGAAGACCCGGUUAUCCUGGAACACCAGGAAGACCAGGAGAAAAAGGUGACAUCGGUGGAAGAUGUAUUGACUGUAGGCCUGGAGGACCCGGUCCAAAAGGAGACAGAGGUUUGGACGGAAGAGAUGGACUUCCUGGGCUCAGGGGACCACCGGGACCACCUGGUUACCCUGGUGAACCUGGUAAUGAUGGAGUACCCGGUAGAGAUGGUCCUGCGGGAGAACCUGGUAUACCAGGAAAAGAUGGUUUACCAGGAAUGCCUGGUUUGCCAGGAGAAUCUGUUAUAGUUCCAGAUAGUCUAAUGAAGGCUGAAAAGGGAGAAAAAGGUCAAAGAGGAUCUAAAGGAGCUGAUGGACCACCAGGAUUUAUUGGUGACAAAGGUGACAGAGGAUUCCCUGGUGUACCAGGUUUGCCAGGUGAAAAGGGUGACCGCGGAUAUGAUGGAGAUCGUGGAUUAGAUGGAAGACCAGGUCAACCUGGUCUUCCUGGUAUUAAGGGAGAGAAAGGGGAGGGCUUUAAAGGAGAACCUGGUGAAUGGGGUGACAAAGGUGACAAAGGUAUGCCAGGCAGAGAUGGAAGACCAGGUGAAAAAGGUGACGCUGGGCAAUGUCCUGAAAACAUUACUGCUAAAUUAAAAGGUGACAAAGGUUGGCCAGGACUUAAAGGAGAGCCUGGAAGACCAGGAUUUGAUGGAGAAAGAGGUGAAAAGGGUGAUAGAGGUAACGUUGGUCUUCCUGGAGCACCAGGUCAUGAUGGUCCACCAGGUCCAGUAGGUAGACGUGGUUUACCUGGACCGAGAGGUGAUAAAGGAGAACGAGGUCCUAUGGGAUUCCCAGGGGAACCUGGAAGAGAUGGUGAAAGGGGUCUCGCUGGCCUUCCUGGCUCUAAAGGAGAUAAGGGAGAAGCUGGAAUACCAGCAAUUGGCCCUCCAGGACCACCUGGACCAAUGGGAUAUAAAGGAGAAAAAGGAUUGCCAGGAUAUCCUGGUAAAACUGGGGCACCUGGUAUGGAUGGUCUUAUUGGAUUGAUGGGAGAAAAAGGAGAUAUUGGUAUUCCUGGAUUAAAUGGUUUACCUGGACCAGCUGGUCAAAAGGGAGAGCCUGGCCCAAGGGGACCCCCUGGAUUAAAUGGACCACCAGGAAGAGAUGGUCAGCCUGGUGAACCAGGUGUACCCGGACGUAAAGGAGAUGCGGGUAAUCCAGGUCCCGUUGGCUUCCCAGGACCGAAAGGUGAUAGUGGUAUCCCAGGAGCCGAGGGGCCCAAAGGUUUCAAAGGAUCAGCUGGAAGGCCAGGUCCUCCAGGACCACCUGGAAUGGAUGGCAUGCCCGGCGCAAUAGGAGAUAAAGGUGACAGAGGUUAUCCAGGACCACCAGGACCUCAAGGAUUAUUUGGAAUGCCAGGUGAUAGAGGUUUUCCGGGACCCAAAGGUAACACAGGUGAUAUUGGACCUCCAGGAUUACCUGGACCUAUUGGUGUCCCUGGAUUAAAGGGUGAUGCUGGCUUCCCUGGAUUACCAGGAAGAAAAGGUGAACCAGGAUCGGCAUCAGAAAAAGGACAAAAGGGAGAACCUGGACUUCCAGGAUUAAGGGGUGCCGCUGGUUUACAAGGAUCACCAGGUUAUCCUGGUCCAAAAGGAGAUGCCGGAUUUCCAGGAAGAAGUAUUGUAGGACAACCAGGUGAUAAAGGAGAUCAAGGUGUACCUGGAAUAGAUGGACUACCAGGUACCCCUGGACUUAAAGGAGAUAUGGGUCUUGUUGGAUACCCAGGUCCUAAGGGAGAUCGAGGAUUCCCAGGAGAUACAGGACAACCUGGUAUGGACGGUCAUAAUGGACUACCUGGAGAAAAAGGUGAUCGAGGAUUCCCUGGUGAACCUGGAUAUAUGGGACAAAAAGGAGAUAAAGGACAACCUGGACUGGCCGGUUUCGACGGACCUAAGGGAGAGAGAGGUCCUCAGGGAUUGCCAGGAAAUCCUGGGUUCCCUGGAAUAAAGGGAGAACAAGGAGAUAGAGGUACUCCAGGACCAUCACUGCAAAUUAAGGGUGAAAAAGGAGAACCAGGUCCUUCCGGACUCAUUGGAAGAACAGGAGAAAAGGGAGAUAGAGGUUUCCAGGGAGCAAUUGGAUUGCAAGGUGAAAAAGGAGACAUUGGAUAUCCGGGACAAAAGGGUGAUACUGGUCCAUACGGUUUAGCAGGAGCUAAAGGUGAACGUGGUAAUCCUGGUUUCCCUGGUAUCCCCGGUUUAACUGUUAAAGGAGAAAAAGGUCUCCGUGGUCUAGAUGGCAAACAUGGUAGGGAGGGUAUCCCGGGACGUCCAGGAGAGAAGGGUGAAAUGGGACUUCCUGGAUUACCUGGUAGAAUGGGUCCUCCUGGUCCUAUUGGUCCAGUCGGCAGGCCAGGUGAGAAAGGUGACCGCGGUUUUGAAGGACCACCAGGUCCUAGAGGACCUACCGGUCCUCAAGGACGACCGGGUCUUGACGGACUUCCUGGCAGAGACGGAGAAAAAGGAGAAAGAGGACCUCCCGGUCUACUUGGUGCACCUGGUGAAAAGGGAGAACCUGGAAUGACUGGCUUGCAAGGCCCACGUGGUGUUCCUGGCGAAAAGGGUGACAGAGGAUAUGAUGGAAGGCCGGGAGCUCCUGGUGCUAUUGGUAUUGCCGGUGAAAAGGGAGAUCAGGGAUUGAUUGGUUUGGUUGGUGCUAUUGGAGUAGCGGGUCUUCCGGGACAAAAGGGAGAACGUGGACAACCAGGUUUCCCAGGUGCUCCAGGAGAAAAAGGAAAUGCUGGACCACCUGGUAUGCCUGGUGCACGCGGUUUGCAAGGUAUUGCUGGUGCCAUUGGUCUGCAAGGAGCAGAAGGAGAAAAGGGAGAAAGAGGUUUCCAAGGUGCUAUUGGUCUGACUGGCGAAAAAGGAGAAAAAGGUGACAGAGGUUUGGAUGGAUUGCCUGGAGUAGAUGGAUUAGUUGGAGAAGUUGGUCCAAAGGGUGAACCUGGACUGCCUUGCACUCACGCUCCGGAUUACUUAACUGGAACACUUUUGGUCAAGCACAGUCAAUCAAAUAUUAUACCUCAGUGUGAAGCAGGCCAUAUUAAACUUUGGGAAGGUUAUUCUCUUUUAUAUGUCGAAGGAAACGAGAAAGCUCACACUCAAGAUCUUGGUGUUGCUGGUUCAUGUGUCAGGCGAUUCUCCACUAUGCCAUUUGUGGCUUGCGAUAUUAACAACGUUUGCAAUUAUGCGAGCAGAAAUGACAAAUCGUAUUGGUUAUCUACAAAUGCUCCAAUUCCAAUGAUGCCUGUUGCCGAGACGGAAAUUCAAGAAUACAUUUCACGUUGUGUGGUUUGCGAAGCACCUGCCAAUGUAAUUGCUGUCCACAGUCAGUCUACAAUACAACCCAGUUGCCCAAGUGGAUGGUCUUCAUUAUGGGUUGGCUUCAGUUUCCUUAUGCACACUGCUGCUGGAGCUGAAGGUGGCGGUCAGGCUUUGUCAAGUCCCGGAUCUUGUUUGAAGGACUUCAGGGUAACUCCAUUCAUCGAAUGUAACGGAGGGCAGGGUACUUGUCACUAUUUCUCAAACGCCCUCAGUUUCUGGUUGGCUACAAUCGAGGACCACAAGCAAUUCAUCAAACCUGAAAGAGAAACCCUUAAAGCCAACAAUGUACGCAACCGUGUCAGCACAUGCCGAGUUUGUAUCAAGAAUACGUAAAACUGCUUUACACAUUUAGGUUAUUUUCUUUGUUAGGCAAUCAGUUCAUACUUUUUUUUUGUUAAAAUUGUCACUUAUGUAAAUUUCGCAUGAGGGAUGUACUAUUUUAAACCAUUAAGUGUUCCUUAACGCUAAGUACUAUUCCAUCUGAUGUGAUAAAAAAUAGACAGGUGGAAGAGUACUAUGCGACACGUGGUAAAACUGUAUAAUAAGCUUGUAACUUUUUAAUACUGCCAGUGCCAUGUAACUUUUUAAAGCAUGUAAAGUUUUUUGUAUAGUAUUUAGAAUAAGUCGAUUUUAUUGUAAAACUACCACAAAAUAAAUUUAAAUGUUAUAUUUGUAAUAACCGGUGGUAUAUUCACAGUUUUUAACAAGCUCGCUGUGAUGUUACUUAUCAUAAGCAUAAAUGUAAGUUAUCUUUUAAAGAGAAUAUUUUUGUAAUUAAACAAUUUAUGGUGCUAUCUAUUCUAUAAUUUAUGUAUGUUUGCUUUAAGUACGCAGUGAUUUUUCUAAACUUUAUACCACUCACUUACAUUCCCCCUUUCAACUUUUUAAUCACUCUAGUCAAAGCCGAUACAAAAGAAAAACGAACCGACAUUUUCUAUUCCGUUUUGUCACUGCUAUGUUAUAGUAAUUCUUUAGCCUCUGAUUUUUAUAUUAAAACACUGCCAAUUGUAAAUUAUAUUACAUUAUAGUAAC